CGGAAGCGGAAGCGUAGCGCACUUCCGGCGCGCAGCGGGCGGCCAUGUUGGAGCAGCGGAGGCGGCGCAGAGGCGCGUCCUGGGUCCCCGCGGCGGCGCCGGUGCCGAGCGCUGGUUUGCAGAUACCCAGGCAGAUCUGCAGUGCCUAAUGCCAUGAGCGUGGUGGUGCAGCAUGUGGAGGAGAAAGCUGUGCACUCAUGGUCGCGCAUCUCCACGGCAGGAAAGAAGGCCCUGGAAGAGGCGCUGCUUGUCUUUAACCCCAUGAGCCAGGAUCUCAGUGCCACAGAGGCCCAGCUUGUGGCCUUCCUGCAGGGCCUGCGAGAUGAUGGCUUCCAACCUACCAUUCUGCGCAGUGGUGAUGUCUAUGGCUAUAGUUCAUGCACAGCCAACCCCCCAAGCCAGACGAAGCUGCAGGCUCGUGCCCCCAACCCAGCCACCACAUCACCUCCAGCCAGUGCUCCCCAGACUGCAAUGCGGCUGCCUGCAGGCCGGGCCACGCUGCUGCCCAUGUCGCUGUCUGGCAGGCUGGCCAAAGCGUCUACACCAGCCCUCACCAAGCAUGCUACCACCAACCUGCUGCUGAGCUCUCUGAAGCAGUCAAGUGCCAGCCGUGCCCGGGGUGCGACAGUGGGCUUCCCUGCCCACCUCUAUCCAGGUGUCUACCCUGCCAUGCGGCUCUCUGUUGUCCUUGAGGCCCUGGUUCCACUCAAGACUCCCAUGCCCUGCUUGGGUGCUAAGCACAAGGCACAGUCACUACAGCUCUCACUUGCGGACUCACCUAUAAAACUGCGCAAAGGUUCAGGGAAGGCUCCAGGGAACCCCCGGCCCAGAACUCCCAGAAAAACCACAAGCAAGGGCCCCAAGUGUCUGACUCACAAAGGCUCUGGGGCUGGACCCCAACGAGGCACCGGGCCCCACAGCAAGACCUACAGAGCCACUGGGUCCCUCAAUGGUCUGCGAAUGAAAGGGGGCUCUGCCUUGGGCAUCAAAACAGACCAGGCGAAGGUAGAUCGAACACUGGCCAAAGCUGCUGGUGCCCAGGCCAAGGUGGCUCGAACACAGGCCAAGGCUGCCAAGGUCCGGGCCAAAGCCAAAGCUGCCAAAGCCCGGGCCAAGGCUAAGGCAGCACAGAUUAAGGCCAAGGCAAUGGCAGCACGGGCCAGGGCCAAGGCCAAGGCCAAGGCUGCUCAGGCCAGGGCCAAGGCCAAGGUGGCUCGGACCCAACCCAGGGGCAGAGGCAGGCCAAAGGGGUCUGUUCAGGCCAGGACUGCAAGAAAGAGCCAGAAAAGCCACCCUGAGACUGUCGGGCAGAAGAGGAAAAGGGCUGAGGAGGCAAAGGAUCUUCCUCCCAAGAAGAGAACACGACUUGGGCCCCGAUCUCCUAAGGCAUGGCUAGGUCCUGCGACAGCAAAGCUGCUGAAAUUCUGGGCCAUAAAGGUAGACAGGAAGUCCUCGGAUGAUGAGGUGCGGCAGUGGGCUCAACAGAUCCUCCGUGUGAACCUGUCUCCUGUAAUACGGCUCCAACCGUUGCUGCCAUACUCCACGCCCUGAUUGUUUGAUGCAGUGGUGUUUGGGGAAAAAGCCCAGCUGUCUGUGUGGCCAGUGGCACAGUGUGCCAUGCCUGUGGACUCCACAACCUUGAGGACUCCGGGUACCUCUCCAGGGCCCUGGCAGCCACCAGCCUCCUUUCAAAAACUGGAGGACACAAGGGGUGGGGUGGGUGGGCGGGAGGGGUGUUCUCAUGGCGCGAUGCACUGUGACUUGUUCUUCAAGUUGUAUGCCCACUGUUCCAUCUAUCACGUUUUAUACCUUUCCACCUUCCAGUCUCCUUGCCCGCACUCCGUGGGGGGUGUGUGUGUGUGUUUGGUUGCUGGCAGGCAUAUAGGGAAGGCGGCCCCAGAAAUAGUUGUACCCUGGGACAGGUCAUCAGUGUGAGUGAUACAGUGGGAUUGUGGGAGAGGGAUGCUCCCAGGGCCCUGUGGAGAGAAGAGGGCAAGUCCUGUAGGCUUUCUGUGUGAGAAGCAUCCCCUCAGGGCAGAGGCAGAGGUGCUGUGAGGUCAGAUACCCCUCUUUGAGGCUGCCUUGUUUUUUUCUUCAUCCAGACAAGCCCCAGGUAGGACAGUGGGCAGCUUAGUGGGGAACCUUAAUGACUAUCAGGUUUUUAGGCCAGGGAAGGAAGCCUGUUGCUCCCCAGGGGCCUAACAGACAAUCCGGCCUUGUGUACCGGGAAGCCCUGGAUGAAACUUUGAGGCUUUGCUUGGGGUUGUCUAGAGAAGGGCCAGGCCCUAAAGGGGUUGAGGUACCUCCCUCUGCUCUCCUAGAAGAAUGUGAGUAGCCCCAACUUCAGUUGGUGACAAGAGAUGUGGGAAAGAUGUUGAGUAAGGACCACAAAACCUAACCUCACUGACUGACCAAAGAUUUGUUUCCCUGAUUGGGUAAGAUAUCUGUGUUGGUAGAUCCAGAAAGCUUCCAUCGCUGCCUCAUGAACAGUGCUUUGUGCCUGGAUUCCAAGUGCUCUGUCUACUUGAAGAUCCAUCACACCUUCCAAGAUGGGCUUGUGCAUUUCAGGUGUUGUUAGCCCUUUGCUUUGGAGAGGGGGCUGGGCCCGGAGCAGAACUGGCUGCCCCGCCCGUCAGCGUCGCUGGCUGCCCAGGCUGAAUGCCAGUGGCUGAGAUGGGAGGGGGGAGGACCCAUUCCCAGGGUUCCUGGAGACAGCCUCUCAGUGUAAGGAGCAUCACUGCGGCUAGGAUCAGAUUGGGUCCGUCUGGGCCCUGCGCUUGCGGGGAGUCUGCGUGCUGCUUGCUGGUCCUCACCCUUUCUUUUGCUUGUGGGGGCUGCUGUAAACACCUCUUGUUUUUUGUUUUUUGUUUUUUAAUAUUUAUUUGUUUGACAGAAGAGACAGAUAUCUUCCAUCUGCUGGUUUACCAGGGAGAAGCCAGGAACCUGGAACUCCAUCCAGUUCUCCUACUUGGGUGACAGAGAUCCAAGUAGUUGGACCAUCUUCUGCCAGCUUCCCAGGCAUGUUGGCAGGGAGCUGGAUAAGAAGAGGAACCAAACCAGCACUCAUGGGAUGCUGGCAUUACACGUGGUGGCUUAGCUGCGACACCACAGUGUUGGCCCCUCUUUAAAAAAAAAAAAAAGAAUUGUGGGCUGCCACAUAGCGGGUUAAGCCUGUCUGCAGUACUCAUUUGAGUCCUGACUGCUCUACUUUCAAUCCAGUUCCCUGCUAAUGCGCCUGGGAAAGCAGCAGAGGAUGGCCCAAGUGCUUAGGCCCCUGCACCCAUGUGGGAGACAAGGAUGAAGCUCCUGGCUCCUGGCUUCUGCUUGGCCCAGCCCUGGCCAUUGCGUGCAUUUAGGAAAUGAAGCAGCAGAUAGAAGAUCUCUCUCUCCCUCCUAAUUCUGCCUUUCAAAUAAAAAAAAAAAAAAAAAAAAAAAACACACA